GGCGGCGGCGGCGGCGGCGGCGGCAGUGGCAGCACAGCCCGCGGAAUGGAGCAGCGCCGGGGCUGAGCCGGGCGCGCAUGGGCCGCCGCAUGUGCUUCACGGGGAGCAGCUGCCGAGCGGGCGGACAGCGAGUGCGAGAGGCCGCCUCGGAGCAGCCACGGAGAGCGCCGGAGAUGGGAGAACAGCCCAUAUUCACCACCCGAGCGCACGUCUUCCAGAUUGACCCCAACACCAAGAAGAACUGGGUGCCUGCCAGCAAGCAGGCCGUCACUGUUUCCUACUUCUACGAUGUCAUAAGGAACAGCUAUCGGAUCAUCAGCGUAGAUGGAGCCAAGGUGAUUAUAAACAGCACAAUCACACCCAACAUGACCUUCACCAAGACGUCGCAGAAGUUUGGGCAGUGGGCUGACAGCAGAGCCAACACGGUGUUCGGUUUGGGAUUUUCGUCAGAGCAGCAGCUGACAAAGUUUGCAGAGAAGUUCCAGGAGGUGAAAGAGGCUUCCCGACGAGCCAGAGACCAGUCGCAGGAGAAGAUCGAAACCUCAAGCAGCCAUUCUCAGGCAUCCAGUGUCAACGGGACGGACGACGAAAAGGCCUCCCACGCGGGCCCUGCCGAGACCCACCUGAAGUCCGAGAACAACAAGCUGAAGAUCGCUUUGACCCAAAGCGCUGCCAACGUGAAGAAAUGGGAGAUCGAGCUGCAGACCCUGCGGGAGAGCAACGCCCGGCUGACGACGGCGCUGCAGGAGUCCGCGACCAGCGUGGAGCAGUGGAAGAGGCAGUUCUCCAUCUGCCGCGAUGAGAACGACCGGCUGCGGCACAAGAUUGACGAGCUGGAAGAGCAAUGCAGCGAGAUAAACAGAGAGAAGGAGAAGAACACACAGCUGAAGAUACGGAUUGAGGUGCUGGAAUCGGAACUCCGAGAAAAGGAGACGGAGAUGAAAGAUCUCCGAAAACAAAGUGAAAUCAUACCUCAGCUCAUGUCCGAGUGUGAAUACGUCUCUGAGAAGUUAGAGGCAGCAGAGAGAGACAAUCAAAACCUGGAGGACAAAGUGCGUGCGCUGAAGACAGACAUUGAGGAGAGUAAAUACCGACAGCGCCACCUGAAGGUAGAAUUGAAGAACUUCUUGGAGGUGCUGGACGGGAAGAUCGACGACCUGCACGACUUCCGCCGAGGCCUCUCCAAGCUGGGCACCGACAACUAGGGCGCAGCGAGCGAGCGGAGCCGGGCCCGCAGGAGGCCCAGGUGUGUGCGUGAGACAGCGCGGGCCAGGGCGCCCUCCUGCUUGCAUCGCUUCCGUGAGUGCAGGCGCCGUCGGUCGUGUUUCUCGCUCGUGUCCACAAUGGAAAUCUCCUCGCGCUUCUCUGGCCCUUCGAGGUUGUGUGGACGCAGGAAGAUCUGACUCAGGAACCCAGAACUAGGUCUACCUUAAACGUUCGCGCAGUCAGGGCGGGACGUUCCUAUCUUUCCUAAAGGUGUUGCAACCACACAAACUGAGAUAAGUUUUCUAAGGCAAAUGUGAAUAUCCUUGGCACCUCCUUUUUUUGAAUAGCGUCCAGAGUAUUUGAAUGUCCACCAGGCACCCUCGGGGGGCGUGGAGAUAGAAAACUCCCUCUCAGUGAGUGUCCAGAUGCUCUUCAGCAGCUGCUCAGCAGACUCGUGCAGAGGAGGAAGACAGGUUCCCGGGGGGAGGGCUUUCUGGGGCAGGGCCUUCUGGGGCAGGGCCUGCCUGCACCGGCUCCACCCCUCUCAUCCCGCCCCCGAUUGGUCAGGUUGCGGCCAUGGGCCUUUUCUUGGUUUUAAUUUACGAGCAGAUCGCUGUGCUGUGGGAACAGCACGCAGUGAGGAUGCCCAGCACAGUGCCUGGCACACAGUAGGUGCUUAAUAAAUAUUUGUUCAAUGAAACUGUAUAAACAGAAUUUAGUGUUUUAAUCAAA